AAAAAAAUCGGCAAAAAAAGAUGUUGAAAAAAGAGCGACAGACGGAAGUGCAGACAGACACCGCAUGAGCCAACUCCUUUCCGAUUGAUGCGAUAGCCGAUGUCCUGAAACAACGUCCACCUAGAAUACACAGUCGCACAUCAUCAUAUACAAUGGCAGCCGGCAAGGACGAGCCCUCGUCCCCGGCCUCGAGCUCCCCGGCGCCCGAGGCAGCCAAGUCCAGCAAGAAGCGCAAGCCGGCGCCCGCCGACGAGAUCGAGGUGGACCUGAACCUCCCGGAGCCGCCGAGCAAGAAGGCGCGCCGUGCGCUCAAGAAGGGCAAGCCCCUCAAGACCAAGUCCUCCUCCAAGAGGGACAAGAAGAGGCGAGCCGAAGGCCGCGACGAUGACGACGACGACGAGGACCUGCCAGACCAGCUCAAAAGCGACGUCGAGGGCGGCGGCGGCGGCGGCGGCGGCGGCAGCGGUAGCAGCAAAAAGGAGCGCUCCAAGUACGGUGUCUGGAUCGGCAACCUGCGCUUCACCACGACGCGCGCCGACCUCUUCAGGUGGCUGGUCGAGAGCUCGGGCGGGGCCAUCGCCGAGGACGCCAUCACGCGCGUGAACCUGCCGCUGUCCAAGCUGAAGCGGGAGGGCAGGGGCGAGGGCGGUAGCGGCGACGCCGCCGCCGCGGGGCAGCAGCAGCAGCAGCAGGCGCCACCGAGGGAGAACAAGGGGUUCGCGUACGUCGACUUUGCGACGUUCGAGGCCUGCAUCGCCGCCAUCGCCCUGUCCGAGAGCGAGAUGAACGGCCGCAAGCUGCUGAUCAAGGACUGCAAGUCCUUUGAGGGCCGGCCCGCGGCCACCGCCGCCGCCGCCUCCGCCACGACGAACGGCGGCUCCGCAGGGGAUGAUGCCUCCGCCGCCGCCGCCGCCGCAGCCGCGCCCGCGUCCACAAACAGCAAGAUCUACGUCGGCAACCUCCCCUUCGACGCGAACGAGGACUCCCUCUGGGCCCACUUCGACAAGUGCGGUGCCAUCCAGUGGGCAAAGGUGGCCACGUUCGAGGACUCGGGCAAGUGCAAGGGCUACGGCUGGGUCAAGUUCGCCGAGCCCGCCGGGGCGCAGUGGGCGGUACAGGGGUUCGUCAGGAUCAAGGAGCUUGUUGAGACUGAGGCCGACUUUGUGGGCGACGACGGGGACGAGGACGGGGAGGGUAGCGACAACGACGACGACGACAACGGUGAUGAUGACGACGACAGCGACGCCGACGACGCCAAGGCCCAGAAGAAGGCACAAAAGAAGAAGAGGAGGGAGGCGGCCGCGGCCGCGGCGAAGCCGACAAGGAUGCGGAAGUGGUGGGUAAACAAGUUCAGGGGCAGGACGCUGACCAUCCAGCUCGCCGAGGACGACCAGACCCGCUACAAGAAGCGGUUCGGGAAGGAUGCUCCAAAGGGCGUGAGGACGGGCAAGCCCCAAGGCCGGACGGCACCGGAUGCAAACAGGCCGGACAGGCCGGCAUCUGAUGCAGCAGUCGGCGGCGACGUCAAGAAGGCCAUCAGCUACCACAACGACAUCAACGUCGCCAGGUUGACGGGAGCCGCCGUGGCGCCACAAGGCAAAAAGGUCACGUUCGAGUAGAAAGCCCACGAGCUUUGGUGCCAGAACUGCACUGGAAACAUUUCCUUCAUUCUACAGGAGCUAUAAAGCAAUCAACGACAUAAGCUACAAGCUCGUUUUGGUCG